UCUGAGGAGGCGGGGCGGUAGGUAUCUGACCUCUUCCGUCCUUUUGAUCGCCCUGGUGGUGUAACCCGAGUCAUAUAGGAAGGUGGGCUUCAGCAAAACUGGCUGUUUCUCUCACCUCCGCCUCCCCACCCCCACUUUCCAUGAAACCCAUGCUCAGAGACGCCCCGCUGCUGGAGCUUCUGCGCUCACCCCUCAUCUCCCGCAACGAAAGCUCCCGACCCUAUCUCCUGGCCUCUGGGGGCAGUUCACGGGCCUGGCCAGGCAGAGGGCGACGAGGCUGAUGCGCUAACGGCCUCGGGGAAUCCUGAACAGCAGACGUGCGGACUUUGGGUGACUUGCCCCGCGGCGCGUUCUGGUCCCGAAACCCGCACCUGCUUGGUUCCUUUCCCUGCCGGGCGCGGCGGCUUUGGCAGUCCUCCUUUUUCCGCCAGCCAGGUUGUGGGCGAAUUAGACCUCCCAGCCUCACGGGGCUGCUGUGCGGCUGCGGCGACGUCGGCUGCUGAGGCGCUGCGGAGGCGACGAGGGCUCCGGAGGCGGCGCCAUGGGCUGGUGAUUGCAGCCGGAAGUGCCCAUGACCGAGUUGGCGUCCUCCGGGGGCAGGUCCCCUGUGGGGGACGGGGAGGAAGGUCUAGGAGACGAGCGAGGCCUGGUCAUCCACCAUCCCGCGGAGGAGCAGUCCCACCGCUGUCCGCUGUGCGGCCAGACGUUCUCCCAGCAGCCCAGCCUGGUGCGGCACCAAAAGGCGCACGCUGGGGCAGGCCGCUCGGCCGCCUUCGUGUGCCCCGAGUGCGGCAAGGCCUUCAGCGUCAAGCACAACCUCGAGGUGCACCAGCGCACGCACACCGGGGAGCGCCCCUUCCCCUGCCCCGAAUGCGGCCGCUGCUUCAGCCUCAAGCAGAACCUGCUCACGCACCAACGCAUCCACAGCGGCGAGAAGCCGCACCAGUGCGCGCAGUGUGGCCGCUGCUUCCGCGAGCCGCGCUUUCUGCUCAACCACCAGCGCACGCAUGCUCGUAUGCCCGCGCCGCACCCGCGCCGCCCCGGCGUCUUCGGGGAGCGCCGGCCUUUCUUCUGCUCUCGCUGCGGCAAGAGCUUCGCGCGCGAGGGCUCGCUCAAGACCCACCAGCGCAGUCACGGCCAUCUGCCCGAGGGCCAGGCUGCCCAUUUAGGCCGCGUGCUAUGAAGCGCCCGGGGCCUGCCUCAGCGGGCUGCUUCCUGCCCGGGAGCCGCAUCCUGGAUCCCUGGAGGUGUCGCUGGGCUAUGGUCCCCGCCCUGGAACGGAUCACAGGGGAGGUGAAAGACUGGCUUGGGAUCUUCAAGGACCUGGGACCACCUGCUUCCGUUCCUGCCCCAGGACCCUGUGGCUCUCUGCACACAGCUGCUUUGGGUCCCUGCCUUGGUUUCCCUCCUCAGGCUUGUCCGGCCUAAGGCAGGUGAGCCUGUGUGGGCUGGCCAGAGCCCCUCUCAGGCUUGGCAGGUGGUGGUGGUGGUGGGAGGGGGAGGCCUACCGGAUGUGGAGAUCUCUUUAUGACUAGCUGCUUAAGGAUCUAAGUUCUCAGAAUGCCACAGUUGAAAGCAACUUGGAGAGGCUGCUUUGUGUAAUCCCCCGGCCCACCCUCAACCUCCAGGCUAUCCUGGCUCCUGCAUUCAUUCUCUGGUGUCCUUGAAGUCAUUUCACUCCAUGUCUCGGUUUGCUCGUCUGUAAGUUGGGGUUGAAGAUGAGGGACCUCUCCUUCUUGGGACCGUGUGUGUGAUUGUUAUUGCCAUUACAAGGGAGCGUGAUGUCACUGGAACAAAACGCAUUUGCUGAUCCCCCUCUGCAGGCCACUUGCUGUGCUUAGCUUGGCUCUUGGCACAGAUGAGGACUCUGGGUGACCACACACAAGGGAUUUGGGCCAUAGUAAGGGGACAACCUGUAGACUGCUCCAGGUUGAGACGGUGAGCUGCUUCUCGCAGGAGUUUAGUUCAAUGGCUUUAAGCUGCUCCUGGGGACAAAAGGAGCAGGCAUGUGAAAGGAUGCUUUGGGGUGGGGGUGCCAAGAAGGAUUUUGUGGCUAGUGGGAGGGACAUUUGAGGUCUUUAAUGAGGAGCACAUGGUGGCCUCAGCCUGGGCUUUAGAGGGACUGGGAGACUUGUGAGGGCAGAUAGAAGGGCAGGAGCCUUGGCAGGCUUGGGGUCAUCCCAGUGAGAGCCUACAGCCCCCCCGCCCCCAGGCUUUGUUAGGGUCCCGCAGUGACAAAGAGAAAGCCAGGCUUCCCCUGGGGCCUCUGAUUGCAAGCUGGUGCUCUGAGGUGCAGGCUGCUUCAGCCAUUUGGCAGACAGGGAAGAUGGAGGCUUGCCCAAAUCCAUCAGUACCCGGUGAUCUGAUAGGUGUGGCCUGGGCUUUGUUUUGGAUUCCCAACUCUAAGACUGCAGGUUGGGUGUUAAAAGAAUGAAAAAAGGACGUGGGAGGAUUUGGUCCUGUAACCAGGGAGCCUGUGAUAGGAGCCCCAGGUGAGGUCUGUCCCUGGGUGGUAUGGAUGCCUAAAGGGGACGUGGUGUCUCUGCUAGUGUUCUUGGGAGGGAGGAAGUUGGGCACUGAGAGGACUUGCAGUCUUAGCCUAGCUCCUGCCCAGUCCUGGAGACCCGUCUCUCCCCUCUGCCCCUACCCUUUCCUGGCUGCUGUGCUGCUCCUCGGAGUUGUCCCUGACUUGCUGCCCUAGGAGACUUUUACAAUGUGGACUAGUGCUUGAUGGUGGAGAAUCUGAGGUUAAACGGGGACCUGGGUCAUCUGGAGCUGGACACCAAAAUGCCCUGAGCCCAAUUAAUAUCUGUAAAUGGUGCUAAUAAUCCUUGCAGUGCUUGCUAGCAGCUAAGGGGACUCACUCAGACCCUGGACAGAUUUAGGCGGGACCAGCUGAGUGCUCCUUCCUAGCUUGAGGGGUGGCACUACACCUGUCCCUCGUCUCUUCUGUCUCUGAACAGAUGCAUGGUGGGGUGGACCUUGGGACCCAGAACGUACAGGCACAUCUGGCACAGACUAGAACUGGGGUCCCCUGGGAGCCUGUCUGGAGCUGCUUCCUGGCGUGAGGAUGCAUCCCCUAAGAAGACCUACCUCAGGAGGUGCCCUGCAGGGACCUAUAGAAGUGACUGGAUGGAGCUCAGAAAUGGAGGCAGUCUCUGAACCCCAGGGCUGCGGGGAGUCGCAGCCAGAGCAUACCUCCACCUGGCUGCCUGGGGGUGGACUUCAGCUCCUGUGUGGCUGUAGGGGCUGUGGUGUGGAGAACUGGCUUCUCUGCUCCUGCCUGGUCCACCACUUGGCUGAAGUUCGGAGGGAGGAAGUGACUGGCCUGAGGUAACACAGCAGGUCAUUGCAGCUCUGGCUCUUCCUGAGAUAUGCAUGACACCCUACGGGCUGCUCUUUUCUGAGCAGUGGUUCUUAACCCUUGGGGUCAUGCAGCCCCUUAAGAAUCUGACCAAGGCCGUGGACCUUCUCCCGGGGAAAGCACACAGGCCCACAUAGACUCAGCCAUGCCCUGAACUUUCAGGAGUCCCUGGAUUUCCUGAAUGAAACCCAUCCGUGGACUCCAGGGGCUGGGAGCCUCAGCCCUGGGGGCUUACCCUGCUGCUCUUUCCUUAGCUGCCAAUCACAGAGCCCUGGGUUGAGGCCACUGUACAAGUUAGUGUUUCUCUCCUGGACAAGUCUCCUGUCCUUGGUCAGGAAUAAACAAUCCUGGCAAGAGAACCUUUUUCAUUAAGCUGCUCUACAAGACUUUAAAUGUAUCAGGUUUCUGCAAUCUGACUUCCUUUCUCCAGUCCUUGUUGGGGGGUCCCCCUACCCCAGGCUGCUUUGCUCUCCUGGUUUGGUCUCUUGUUCUGCCUAAGUGGCUGGCUGUUGGUUUUCACAGUGGCACCCUGUGCUCCUGGCCUGGGCUCAGAUUCCACUGUGAGGUCUCCAGGGAAGCUGGACUGCUGUGGACGGUAGUGAAAACAUGAGUUUGGUGUGAGUCUACCCUGGGGAGAAAAAAAUCCUGCUUCUCUCAGUCAUAGCCAGAGAGCAGUGCCUCCUGCCUGACCAGGUGGUCAGCCCCAGGAAGCUAUCAUGUGGGGGAAGGCUGGUGAAGAAGAGGAGAGAGUAGCACUCCUGGUGUCUGUGGUCUUGCAAAAAGAGAAACCUGUGGAAGAGCUGUGUGUGUGCUCCUUGAGUGCAAGCAGAGGGGCGAGUCCCAGACUGGCAGCAGGGUAAGGCCUUCUACCUUCACAUCUGAGCAGGGCAGCCCACAAGUGCACACCUGCCUCCCCAGAAUGAGCUGCCUGUCCGAAGAGGCAGAGCUGCCCAGGGAUGGGAGGGAAACCUGUGGAUCCCUGCUCCGGGUUCUUGUUUGUCCUGUAUCCCAAUGCAGUUUGCCUCAGAGAUUCUUGCUGACCACCUGCCAUAUACCCUGGGGUAACAGAACAUUCUGAGGGGUGAUCAGAGAAAGAAAAGACACUCUAUACCCCACAAGCUUCCACUCUGGCUCCCUCCUUGGCCAGGCCAGAGGAAACCUCUACACACCCUUCUCUGCUUUGUUCAGCUUGUCUCCUCCCUGCCUGUAACUGUGCUGUGCUUGUUCUACCUCUGUGCCUUCCCCUGUAUCGCUCUAAAAUGUUUCCCUCCACCCUCCCCCAACUAAUCCUUUCUUAUCCACCAGGGCCUGGCUUCUGAAAGCACCCAGCCCAUGUUCCUCCCUCUGUCUCACUGUCAGUGGAACGUGCUGUCUUCUGUAAGCUCCGGUUGCCUGUGGGUGUAUGUGUGUGUGUUUGUCUUGAGUCCCCAACUAGACUGUGAGCUCCCUGAGGCCAAGGGACUGUGUCAUUUCUUCUUGAACCCCAACUGGGUCUAGCACAGGGCUGGGCUCAUAACUCUCAGGAAACACUUGUCUACUUAAUGAUGAGUCAAAUGCUGGAGGUCAUGUGUGGGGGGUGGGUGGGAGGUGUACAGGGGGAAAGCACUGGGGAUUAGCUAGCUCUGGACUGGCUGGCUCCCCUGGAUUGAUAAUGGACACCAGAGGCCUCAGGUUCUCCAGUACUUGGGGCAGUGGGAGUAGGAGGGACCCCCAUGGCUACACAGGCAUAAACAUAUUAUUGUCCAGGCUGGAUGUUUCUGGAGGUGACUGAAACCUGCUGGAACUGACCAAGUAGAAUAAAUGUUCUCUUGACAUUCA